UGUUGCAGCUCCAUGAGGCCUCGGGACGGUAGCGGUCGGUGAUAGCGUGGGCGAUGGUCGGGUGCUGGUGGCGGGGAUGGAGCAGCGGCCCCGCUAGAAGAGGCCCGGCCCGCCAUGGCUCUCCGCUUCCAGGGCGGAGGCCAACAACCACCUCCACCCUGCACCCCUCACCGCGACUAUGAUCGUCCUUAGUACUGACAACCACGACAACAACACACGCUUCACCCUGGAGACUCUAACGCAAGCGGGGAUCAUUUUCGUCAUGGGGGUAGCCAUCAUCGUGACCAAUGUCCUCAUCAUCGCUACCUUCCUCAACUUUCGUGGUCCAUCGGAGGUGAUCAACAUUUACCUGCUGUCGCUGGCCGUGGCCGACCUACUGUGCGGCAUCUUAGUGGUGCCGCUGUCGGUGUACCCGGCCAUCGUACAGCAGUGGGUGUAUGGCGACGUGGUGUGUCGACUCGUCGGCUACCUCGAGGUCACCUUGUGGAGCGUCAGCGUAUUCACGUUCAUGUGGAUCAGCGUGGACCGGUACUUGGCAGUGCGCAAACCUCUGCGCUACGAGACGGUGCAGACGAAGACGCGCUGCCAAUGCUGGAUGGUCUUCACGUGGAUCUCCGCCGCCAUGUUGUGCUGCCCGCCGCUGCUGGGCUUCAACAAACCCCACUUCGACCGCGAUGCUUACAUCUGUAUGCUGGACUGGGGCAACAUGGCGGCGUACUCCGUCACCGUGGCCAUCCUCAUGCUGGGACCGAGCCUCAUCACCAUCAUUUACACCUACACGUACAUCUUCUCCAUGAUGAAGAAACUCCGCAGCGGCGUCCCGAUUCACGACAAAGAAUACGCAACGGCGCUGUCUGAGAACUUAUCGAAUCCGAGUCACGUGAUGUCCUUCGUCCUCGUCGUGACCUUUUGGUUGUCGUGGACGCCGUACGCGACCGUCAAGCUCUACGAAUACUUUACCGGCUACAAGUUCCAGGUGCCAUACCUACACUUCAGCAUCGUAUGGCUGGGCAUCCUCAACUCGUUCUGGAAGGCACUGAUCCUCGUGGCACUCAGCCCUCAGUUCCGGCUCGCCGUUCGCAUCUUCUGCAUGACGUUGUGCUGCCGCUACAAAGGCCGUCUUCAAAGCGAACUGAUUGACAUGGACGGUGACGACUGAUGGCACCGAUAGAGGACUUUUGACCUCUUUGUAUCGGCACACGAAAGACUUCGGAAUGAGCUUUAAAAUAUUCGUGGAUAUUUUAAAAGACAUAAACUAGUUCUCUUUUUCAUAGGACACCUAGCAAAAAAGCAUAGCUAUUAAAAUCACAAAUAUACACUCGGCGUGUGUAUUUGUAAUUUUAUCUACAUAUAUACACACAGUCAAACUACAGCUCCUCGUGGCUUUCGCGCUACAGCAGUGCAAGUCAGUCGAGCUGCGCUCCACAAACCACGCGGCUGCCGGCCGCUCUGUGACAGAUGUAUAUAGGACGUUGUGGGUAGAUAGCGACGUUCGUCUCGACAGCGACUCGUGUGCGUGUAGAGCGUUUGUGUGUGCGCGCGGGUGUGUGCGUGUGGUGUGUAUAUAUAUAUAUAUAUGUAUAUACACAUAUAUAUGACGAGGUACGUGACGUGUUUUACUAAUCUUGUGGGGUCUCGUUUGUGUCAAAAAAGUAUGAAAUCCAGUAACUCUCUGUAUUGCAGCUUUGUCUCCCCUUUUGUGUAAACGAGCAUUUAGUAGCUUUGAGUGUGUCAAGAGCGGACCCGUUCCGCGCUCGCCGAGAUAUUUCUUCCACGCAGACAUCGGGGCGUUCGUCGGAAGACGUCCGCGAGCGACCUUCGAUGACGUGGAAGUACACAGUAGUAGUACUUUUUCGAAUUUCUUACGAUUGGGAGGGAGGAUUCGAGACAUCGUCGCCUUGUUUCGCGAUCUCUUGUCGACUCGCAGGGGGGGUUCUAAGCAUCUGCCUUUUCUGUGGUGACUCCGAGCCCAAGGCCACCGGCCGUCGAGCGGGCGCAGGGUGCGGGACGCGGAGGACGAGGCACGAGGCGUGGGACGUGGGUCGUGGGUCGUGGGACGUGAGACGUGGGACGUGGGUCGGGGGACGUGGAGCAUGGGACGAGGCAGGGCCGACCGCCCGGGUCACAGACUGCUUGCGCGUCAGCCCACGGCAAAACGGCAGUCGGCUACCGUCCCCAGCUGGCUAGCUCGCCGGUUCACGGCAGUGCAUGCCUAAAGCCCAUCAUAAUCGUCGCAGAAAUGUGUUUCAUUAUAAGGGUGAAUAUAUAUACAUAUGCAUAUACAUAUAUCUUUCUAUGUCUUUCGUGUACUGUAUAUCUCAAUGCUGUGUAUUCUUUGUUUGAUACAUUUCGUUUAAAUAUCUAAAAAAAGAUGAUAUGAAUCACAUGCGUUAGCAAUCAUGAGCCCACGUAGGCCCAGCAAAAACAAUUAUAUGUGUGUGUGUGUUGAGUUUCAGAUGCAACUGAGCAAUCGUUCCAGUUAGACGUAUGUUGGUUUAGAAGAUUCAAACAAUGGUUUCCCUCUCUAAUAUAUAAAAAUAUACAUAUAUCAUCAGUUGCAUAAUUUUUCUAAAUAUGUCAGUGUCUCAAUAUGAAAGUAUUCCUCGAAGUGAUUGGUCAUUCGGUUUCCGUCAGCACAGACAGCCAGCGACGCUGUGCCGCUCGGGAGCCAGCCAGCGUCAGCGCCAGUGCCAGUGCCACCCCGGAGCCCUCGCCGCCCUAGCGCCGCAGCGACUGGAGACGGAGGGCGCAGAGAACUGGAGAGCCUCUGUUUCACCUCGACCGUGUUUUCAUUCCCUUACUUCGUCAAGAUGCUGGUCGCAGGACUUCCUUCUUCCGUUUCGAGAUACGCAUGGUAGAGUUCUAUUUUCGUCUCCCUCCGUUAUGUUCCUGUUUCACCUCAUCUCGGAGCAUGAGGUUCUCGCAAACUGCGCGACACGCAGAAGAGGACUUACACAGGAAUUCUAAACGCGACGAAACAAAAGAACGGUAACUCGCAGUGUUCAGUGUCGCGUGUGACUGCAACCGAUGAGUGCCACUAGGUACGAGUAGCACAUCCAUCCUACCUCUUGUACUGGACAGUCGUUGCACAAUGUCUUUGCUCGCGGCUUUCAAAAACGUUCGAGUGGUUUCUUUCGUGUGUACUCCCUUAGUUGUGCGCCCUGCUGGAAAGGGGACCUUGUUUCCUUUUCAUGCUGAUCGGGCGGUAUGCAGUCGGUGAGGUAGAGUUAGUGAUAUGUUCCUUUGCCCCUUCGAAAUUUUACUCUCAUCCAAUUGCACAACAAAGGGGCUAAAUGAAGCCUCAUUCCAAGCACAUGAUAUCGGCAUAAUACUAAAAUGAAUAUGAAACGGCUUAUGGAUGUGUUACUUUAUAUUUACUGGCACUAUUAAAUUAUUAUCAUUAUUUUUAUUCUGUCAAAAAACUAUGCUAAUUUUAUCCCUCGUACUGCAGGUCUCACUGUGUUUGGUUUGUCAUGGAGGAUGUACGAUGUCCGUUAUCUAGUGUGCAUGUCUAGUGCCGAUGCGGCCGUGUGUUUCCAUUAAGGCCUAUAUUACUAUCGUAAUCAAUACACUGUGCAGAAGUAUAGUUGGAUCAGCUGCUGUUUGCCAAUUUACUUGUAAUCUAUUGGUUAUUCUUGAUUCUAACUCCUCCAGCAGCUGUGCUGUUCUUAUCUCCCCAGUUUUUUCAUUCCUGAUAAAAGCGAUAUUAAUGGAAUGUUUGCAAUCAACAUUAGCUGAAAAUAAACUUUCUGCUUCGAACUGGAUUAAAAUUCAAUUUUUCUUCCAGGUGACUGAUGGCUCGUGACUUUACAGGGAAGAAAUUUCAUUUCGAACACCAUUUGCACGACACUGCUCUUGGCAAUAUGAAACUUUGAGGUCUUCUGAAGAAGGUCAUAUCGAGCAGCAUUCUUGUAAAAAACAUUGUUGUAGGUAAAAUGCGUCUUGUAAGGGCUAGUUUUAGAACUCCCCGUCCUGUACAGAUACUGUUGCCGAAGAGUGCAUCUCUCUCACAUUUUAAAAUAUCUCUGUUUAACGAAUGCUGUGCCCUACUAGUGAUCAUUAUUAUGCCUAUGGCACACAGAAGUCAAAUGUAAAGUAUUUAUGACACUGUUGUUAUUUGUUACAAUAUUGUAAAUUUUCUAUUUCAUAGUGAUUCCUAAAUGACUUCAUUGAAAGCACAUUAGAGUAUUUUCGUGAAAAUACAUGAGUAGAGGUGGGAGAACGUUUACAAUUGUCAAGAGGAAACCAUUCUGUAUGGUGUUUUAAAUGAAAUAUCUUUCAUAGUGCCCAGAAUUGGAGCCCACUGAAAAUCUUCAUUUCCGACUGAAAUUGUAAAAUAAAACUAUUUCACUUCUCUUGUAGACAAAGCCGAUGGCAAUACUAAAAAUCAAUGGGAAGGCUUUGAAAAAUAUAUGAAACUUGUUACAAAAAUGUUGGAAAUAAUUUGUAAAGAAAAUGCUUGACAUUUCUCUUGUUAGGCUUGUACUAGGCUUAGACAAGCUGUCGUUAGUCUUAUCUUAGUCGAAUCUUUAAUUGUGCUCAAAACUUCGUAGCAAAGUUACUUCUAGGAUACCAUGUUACAAAUAGAAAUGUUACUGAAAUUGUGCAAGACUCACCAAAUGUUCACUGACACACUUUGUCUUUCAUAAUGUAAUGGCACAUGAGGAGAUUAUCAUUUCCACUUUCUCUCUUACGCAUUUUCUGAUUGCAAACUUAUUCUGGUUAAUAUCUGUCGCGUUCACAUCGCUUUACGUUCCAAGCUCGCCUUCUCUAAGAACAUGUCAGAUGCGUAGGCACCUAGGUGCAAACAUCAUCAACGUUACAUUAUGGCGGAGUAGGGUUACCACCUAUUUAUUGGCGUAUUUCCGGGUGCCUCUUUACAGCUUUAGUAAGAACAAUGAAGUGGCAUUGCUAUGAAUAUUUAUAAAGGGUGCAUAUUUACAUUUUCGUUGCUUGUGCACACGAAAAUUUGGGGACUUUCCUUCAGGUAGUUUUUUGUAUAGUUUCAAAAUUCUUUUACACAUUUCAAGUAACUUUUACACAUUUUAAAUCUUCGGAACUUUGGAAUCUGCUGCUCUAGAUUCAUGCUUAUUCAUAAACAAUAUUCUGCCUGCGAGUUCUCGUACAACCAUAGAAUAUUGGGAUAGAGAAUCGAAUUUCUCCAUUUUAUAGUCGUUACUUAGAUUUUCAGGCGAAUUUCUUAUUUGACGUGGCGUAGAGCCAGCAUUUUAUAUUCCCGGUCGUUUUGGUGUCCGGUUUCAUCGCAUCUCUGGACUCCGAACUUCCUUCCAGUGUCCCGGGCUUCUUCAGGGGCGAUCCCGAGCGGGUGGUAACCCUAAGGCGGAGGUUCCCAGCGGCACCCCGUAGCACUCACUACGCCAGUGAUGUCAAGGUCGAUGCCAGCAGUGGGAGUCCGUGGCACUGGUAGCUCGGCAAAAUCACCACUCCACGCAAUUGAUCACCUCGCCACAAGAGAGCAGUAGGCGCUCAAAGUCGCCCUGAAGGCUUUUACGCUUUCCGCAUGAAAUACGAUUAGGCGGGAUUUAGAUAAUGUAGAUACAUUUAUGAACGUUUGUUGUUAUUUUUUAUUUACAUUUUUACUUUUAUUUUUCUGUGCAUAUCUUCUUUUUCCGUGCGAUUCCACUGAGUCGGAAACCGGCGGGGUUACUACUGAUAGUUUCUUUCCCGACACUAGUAGCGCUGAGAAGCUCGUGACGUGCCAGAGUGCCGUGGCGUGUGCCUCGGCCAUCAGAAGAGACCUUGACAUCACUGCACCACGCGGACGGUGUUGCUUGCGAAGCCGCUCCCCGGGGCCCUGGGGCCCGCAGGAGCCCGAAGAGACCCGGCGCCGAGCCGGUCAGUCCACAAGCGGCGAAGUAGCACGAGUCGCACUUGUACAAUUUCAUUUUGACAUUACAAAUAUUCUAGAUGAUAUCAAUUGGUUUCUUUUGACUUUUUUCAUGUUUUUUGGUAUUCUAAGGGUGCGUUGUGAAUGAUGCCUCAACUCGCAGCACCUAUGUAUGUUCCACUACCUGUAUUUCCAUCAGUGCAUAUAUAUUGCUCAUGUUCCGAUCUUAUUUCUGUUCGUGUCAUAAAGGUAAUAUUAGAAGAACAGGAGAAGAAAAAGAAUCAUUGCAUUUGAGUUCUAAAAGAGGGUCAAGUCUACCUCGACUGCUCUCUUAUACUAAACUUUGUUUAUGAAGAUCCCACAAGUUCCUUCGCUCCUAACUGCAAGGAUUGUUCUCCCCAUAAAUCUACAGAGUAAUCCUUGUUGAUUACUGCACUACUGUUAUAUUAUUUCCGUUACUGGAUGAUCAAAUCCAUAUGCACCUUGAGAUAUUUUACAAAUGCAUGUUACUGUACUAUAGUGAUAUUUCUGGAUAUAUAUAUUCUAGAAAUCCUUUCUGAUAGUACAAAUCUCAUAAGAGAAAGAACGAGAUAUUCAACGCAGAAAAACUUCCCCCUUAAGUAUUUUCGAUGUAUAUAAAGUUUAUAUUUCAGAUAAUGAAGUGUCAACCAAGAAACAUCACACGCAAAAGUGGAGAUUUCUUAAUAGUACACGUUUUUGUAUGCAGGCGGAAAACGUAUAUUUCAUGGUGCCAUCGAAGAUUUGUGCGACUGACACUUCCAUUUGAACACAAUUUCAUGUGCUGAACUUCAUUCUAUACUGACUAGAGGUUAAUAUUUCGCAAACGUAAACGUCGAUUUCAUCACAUCUGAUGUUAUCUAUAUAUUCAAAUUAUGAUAAUGAAUAAUGAGCAGCGUGACACAUGAGUAGUACUUGUUGAGUGUGCUUUGUUAGUUAAACGCAAUAAUGUAAAAUUAAUAAUAAUAUCCCCAAUCAUUUCAACAAGAUCUCAUUUCUAACAAACGAAUAUUUAAAAAUGAAUUUUUAGUGGUCAAGCACAUAUAUACAUUCGAAAAUAACUCUGUCGACAUUUUUCUUCUUGGUGGGUGGACAAAAUAUUAAUUCUUAAAUAAAAUGACAAAACGCUUGUACUGAAUCUUAUUUCAAAUGCAUAGAGCGUUAUUCUCACAAAAUAAUCCGAAUCCAAAAUAUUACGUUAUUAUGUAUCUUUUCAACCUAGAAACAAGUAUGUUUCAAGUUCUUACAUUCACACUGUUCAAAGCAUUAUUCUAACGUCAUUUCUCUGAAAAUGACGAGCUAGAGACAAUCGAUUUGCAAACGUCAUGCAGCUACAAAUUGAGUGGUUGCAAUGACGAGAAAUAAACGCCUUAUGUUCCGAUAAUCCUUCCUAAAGUCUGUCAUAGCCACAUGUUCAAAUGAACUCAGCCUGCAGGUGCUCUAUUAUUGCGAUCAAACGGAUUGCGUUUGAGUUUAAAUGAUUAAUACAUACAUCCCCUAAGGGAGACCACGGCAACUACACCUACUACACAGAGUACCAAAAUACGGCAUCACUCGUAACUAGUGUUUGCUGCUUUUGUUAACAAGAAUUCACAUUUCGACAAUAAGGAAGUCAAUUUUGACAUGUGAAAUGUACAACAGUCUUCAAUCCUCUAAUUUCUCUGAAUAAUAUUUGACAAAUUAUUUUAAAUCCUACAAACUAUUGACAUAUUCUUUUGCAUUAAUUCUAAAUAUUACUUUCAUUAAUUGAAAAUCACAUUGUGGGAAAUCAUAAACCCAAAUGAGUAAAGUUUACAUCAAUGAGAGAAGAUAAAAGUUAGUGUAAAAUGAAAUUCUAUUACAAUAAUAAAUGCAAGAUCAAUCAUUAAGUAGAUAACACAUAUUUCACUUUAGCGUUAAUAUUUUCAAAUCUUGUUUGUAGGUAAAUUGUUAAUUUUGAACACUAUAUUGUUUCUCACAAUAAGAAGAAAAUUCAGCAAUUUUAAAAACGUUUUCUAAUCAAAAUUGAAAUAAAAAUCCUUUCUUUCUUUCUUUUUCUCUCCUUUUUUUUUGUCUUUUUUUUUCUUCUUCUUCUUCUUUUU